CUCCCGGUGCGGCGGGGCAGGCCCUGCCCUGGGUGGGGGGCCCAGCCUGCACCCCCGGCUCCCUCGCGGCAGGAGCGGCUCCGGCCGGGCCCUCGGGGCGCCCUCGGGACCGGAGAGGCCGCGGGUUCCCGGGCAGCGGGCGCUGCCGGGGCGGGCCCGGGGAACCGCGGCCUCCCAGGCCUCGGUCCUUCCCUCUCGGCCUCCGAGACACUGAUAAGCCUCUUCUGUUGUAUUUUUUAGGGCUCGGGGAUGGAUUUUCUGACGCUUUUCUUGAUUUAUUUGUGUUCGGUGCUCGCUGCCGUUGCUCUGCUCUGCGUCUGCUCGGGGAGGAGGGGAGGUUUCCUCACCGGGAGAGCCAGCCAGGUGUUGUCGUUUGUAAUCCCCACGCAGCUCCAGAGCGUGACACAGCGAGCACUUCACAGGCUCUUCCACACAAGAAACUGUUUGUUUGUUGUGCUGCACAUCACCUUGCAAGCUGCAGUGUUUGGGGAGUACACCUGGGAAGUGUUUGUUUACUGCUGGGAGCUGCAGUUCCACCUCCUGCUGCUGCUGCUGCCCUACCUGCUGCUGGCUGGGAACGUGGGCUUCUUCCUUCUCUGCUCCCGGGCCAAUCCUGGUAUCAUAACAAAAUCAAACCAUGCGUCCCUGGUUAAGAUUUAUGCCUAUGAUGGAGUGUUAUUUCAGAAAGGCAUCGUGUGUCCUACGUGCAACAUGGAGAAGCCAGCCAGAUCAAAACAUUGCAGUCUCUGCGGGAGGUGCGUGCAGCGCUUCGAUCACCACUGCGUCUGGCUCAACAACUGCAUCGGUGCCGCCAACGCCGGGUACUUCUGCCUCUACCUCGGCUCCCUCAGCGCCGCCGCCGCCGCCGUCGCAGCCGUCACGGCAGCCCUGCUCACCCAGCUGGGGCUGCUCUUCAGGGCCGUGCACAGCACGUACAUCGAUGAGCAAGGGCACGAGCAGCCUGUUGAGGUUCUCUUCCUCCUUCAGCACCUUUUCUUGACUUUCCCUAGGAUUGUCUUCAUGCUUGGUUUUGUUAUUCUUCUCACCCUGGUGCUGGGUUCAUACUGCUGCUUCUAUCUCUACUUGGCCUUAACCAACCAAACUUCCAAUGAAUGGUGGAAGUCCAGAAGAUAUGGGUGGUCCCACCAUCUAACACUGCAGCCUCAUGACAGACAAGUUGUCUACAAAAACAUUUAUUCUAAAGGAGUCUGGAAGAAUUUAAAGGAAAUCUUUAAGCCUCCUCCUGUGCUGGAAAGGAAGAAGAAAACAUGAAGAUACUGUUUUUAUGUGCAUUAUUAGACUUUUUGUAGGACUUUAUUUCAGCAGAAUGCUUUGAGGCCUCAGACACCUCUUGUAUCAAGAUUACUGUUUUCCAGUUAAAUAAUUGAAAACUAUGUUUUCAUAAAGCCACUCUUCAAAAAAAAUAAGAGUUCUUCCAGGUCAUCAGUAACACUCCUUGGGGGGAUUGUGAGUGGGGCCUGUCAGGCUUUUCGGACAUGGUCUCAGCACUGAAGCAAGCUGGAUGAGGGAUCACUUGAAGGCUCUCCAGAGCAGAGAGGUACCAGCUGCUCUUAGAGACUUGGGCUUGGUUUGGGAAAAGGGGGUGUUUGACUGGCCCAACAGCUUGGUGUUCUCUGGCCCUGUGCCCUUGUCAAUUCUCACGAGUGGUAACAGAACAGAAACUGGAAAAAUAUAGUAAGAACUUUAAAUAACUUUAUUUUUUAAAAUGUAUUUAUUUACAUGCUGAAUCUGUACAAUAUGUAAUAAAAAUCCAUAUAUGUUUUUUAAAAAA